AUGACGACCGUCGUGCGGACCCGGCACCCUCUGGAAGCAUUGAGCAUGAGCAAUCAGUCUGAGCGGAGGCCGAAAAGCAAGCGCCUUGCGGCGGCCGCGGUGUACGACGAACAAGACGGCGACUUUCUCUUCACGCGCGGAUCAAAGCGGCAAAAGACCGUGUCAUCACCAGCGUCGCCGCCAUCGCCGGAACCGAAACCAGUAGCAAAAGCUGCAGCGAAGAAAACUCAAGGAAGGCCACGUAAUGGAACGAAACGCGUUGCAUCAUCACCACCACCACCUAGCAAUGAUCACGAGUUACCACUGAGGGCGUCGAAACGGCCGACACGGAGGAAACUCGAUUCUUCACCACUCGUUCCAGAUAAGCCAUUGGUAGUACCCAAGAAGCGCCUUCCGAGAAGGACAAAGUCACCACCUGUGGAUGACAUCGCCGAGGAGGAGCCGGAGCCAGCACCAGCGCCUGCAUCUGCGAAGCGAACAAACGGGGCCAGGCAAGCGUCCAAAGACGAUGGCGCAAGGAAGAGCACGCGCAAGAGCACGCGCAAUAGCACGCGCAAGCAAGAGGCGGCACCGGAGGAGAAUGAUUCACAAGCGACCCCCGAGCACGUCGACAAGUCCCUCGAAAGAGACCCGAAUGCGCAAAAGAUAGCACUGCCAUUCAGUGAUACUCCUAUCAACGCCCGAAAUAAAGACUUUCGUAAGAAGGGAGCGGCAGGCGCUGGUGGCGGGCGUCGGAGCAGCGUAGGCCUGCGAGGGAAACGGGCGAGCUCUUUGAUCGAGAGCGGCCACAGCGCGAUCCCGCAUCGGGAGGUGGCCGCGUCGGAAUUCUUCAAACAUAUCGAGUCAGAGGGGCUGAGCGAACCAAGGAGGAUGAAGCAACUGCUGACGUGGUGCGGGGAGAGGGCCUUGAGUGAAAAGCCGAAGCACGGGACAGCAGGAGCGCCUGCGGUGCUGGGAGCGCGCGCGAUCCAGGACGCGCUGCUGAAGGACUUUGGAUCCAAGUCGGAGUUCUCAGACUGGUUCUCCAGGGAAGACGAACCCUCUGCUGCUGCCGCGCCAAAAAGACCUGUGGUCAUCAAACCGAACCCGAUCAAUGUUGAGCAUGAGGAAAAGAUUGCUGCCUUGGAAGCGCGCAUAAAACGAUUAAAGGAGACUCGCAAGUCAUGGCGUGCCUUGCAGGCACCUCUACCGCAAGUUUCGUCACUCGACCCAGAAGACUGGGAUCCCGAAAAAGCGUCGUCACCCGACACAAGCCUUCUCGACGCAGAAGAGGCCAAAAUGCUCGAAUCACUGACGGAAACGUCCUCAUCAUUUGCACACCUGAAAUCAACUACAAGAACGCGCCUCCAGACUGUCCAGGCAGGGGUGGAAUUUAGGGUCGACCAUCUUGCGGACAGCGUGCAUAAGAUGAAUUUCAGAGUAGUUACUGCGGGGCGACAGGCAGAUAAGGUCCUCGCGUCGAGCUCGGAGAGGCUAAAGGAGCGGGAAGAGAAGGAGCGGGCAGCGGUGGGCACGAAAGCACUGCCAACUAUGGAAGUGCUGAGGAGUUUGAGCAGGAUACUGCCCGAGAAUGGAGGAUAG